AUGACACGCCACGCGCCCCGGCGAGCUGCAACUCAAGAUGCAGUUCGGAUUGACAGAGAGCUGUCCUCGACGGAUUGUACCCACAUCAUUCCAUUUCCUACUGCCUAUGUUCAGUUCUGGUGCAAAGUUGUCGAAAUUUGCUUCACAGCGUCGGACGCAUUGUCAAAGCUCGCCAAGAAGGAACCCACCCCUAUGCUGGACGUAGACGCAUGGGUUAGGCAGGAUCACAAAAGGGCGUGCGACGGCUUGAUGGAAUGGGCCCGACACAACCAUACCACCGUCUCAAGAAUUCCAAGAGAGUUCUUCCCUUCGUACCCAAGGGAUUCCAACUAUGACUUUCGUCGGCCCGAGGACGGCCAAGACGGCAUGAACAUCGACGACUUGAUCGCCAUGAUCUCAGCAUGGCUCCCCAGCUACACGGCUCAAAAGGUCGAGCACCACUACUACCUCGCCACGAAGCGCACACUGCGCAUAAUCGACGGGCUCGACGUGGGGGAGGUCGAACAGAUAAUUCCGAGUUUCAUGGCAGGCUGGACCAGCGAAGGACUCUGGCUUUCAAAGUACAAAUGGAGGCUGUACGCUCGGUGCGAGAUCGACGAAGACGACCCCUAUCUAUACAGCGAGAUUACGUUCUUUCUCACGGACCUUCCAAAGCAGCUGGAGAAGGGUAUUCAAUGGACCGACGACGCCAGAGUAAAGGAUUGUGAAAAGUUCUUCCGUCGGAAGGGGUAUUGGGAGCACCACAGCGAGUGGAUGGGCCCGGGAAAUGACCCUGGUUGGUACGCGCUGACGAGAAUCAAGAGCGUCGAUGACCCGUCUACCAUGACCCAAGACCCACGCAGCUUCUUUUCCCGAUGCCGAACCGCACAAGCGAUCUAG